AAAGAAGAAGAAGAAGAAGAAUAAUUAAAAAAAAAAAAAAAAAAGGAGCGACAGAGUAUGAACACGGUAGGAGAUGAUUCUGCCGCCACCACCACCACAACUGGUCCCGGCAAUCCCACAAUUCCGACGGAUCCGACUUCCAUCGCCGCAGUUUCUGAUCAGGAGGUGGAAGCCACACGGCCACCGAUACCACCACGAUUGCAAAUUCCGGCGAUCAUAGUGUCCUCCAGAGAGCCCGAUGCCAUUUUCAGCGGGGGCGGCAUCAGCUUUCUUACUGGAAGUCAAAAUGGAAGUUUCAACUAUGGAUAUUCUACUUUCAAGGGUAAAAGAGCUUCCAUGGAGGAUUACUAUGAGACUAGGAUUUCGGAAGUAGAUGGUCAGAUGGUUGCUUUUUUUGGUGUUUUCGAUGGCCAUGGGGGUUCAAGAACUGCCGAAUACCUUAAAAACAACCUUUUCAAGAAUUUAAGUAGCCACCCAGAUUUUAUCAAAGAUACAAAGGCAGCUAUUGUUGAUGUAUUUAGACAGACAGAUGCUGAUUACCUCAAUGAAGAAAAAGGGCAUCAUAAAGAUGCUGGUUCAACUGCAUCAACUGCUCUGCUGUUAGGUGACCGGAUACUUGUUGCAAAUGUUGGGGAUUCCAGAGUAGUUGCCUGUAGAGCUGGUUCAGCUAUCGCAUUGUCUAUCGAUCACAAACCUGAAAGAUCUGAUGAGCGUCAACGGAUUGAGAAGGCUGGAGGUUUCGUCAUUUGGGCAGGAACUUGGCGGGUCGGUGGCGUUCUUGCUGUUUCUCGUGCAUUUGGGGAUAAGCUACUAAAGCCAUAUGUAGUUGCUGAGCCAGAAAUACAGGAAGAGGAAAUUGAUGGCAUAGAUUUCCUAAUUCUUGCUAGCGACGGACUUUGGAAUGUCAUUUCAAAUACGCUAAGCUCUGUCAUGAGGAGUCAUCGGAGAAGCUCGAGUUUCGCGAUCGGGGCGAGUGCAAUGAAGGUGAAGGAAACCGAGUACUAUGAUGUUCUUGGCGUUAGUUCCUCUGCUUCUGAAGAAGAGAUUCGAAAGGCUUAUUAUCUUAAGGCAAGGCAAGUUCAUCCUGAUAAAAAUCCGAAUGACCCUCAAGCUGCUGAAAGAUUUCAGGUAUUAGGUGAAGCUUAUCAAGUUUUGAGUGAUCCAGUGCAAAGAGAUGCAUAUGAUCGAAAUGGAAAGAAUUGCAUAUCUAGAGAAACCAUGCUUGACCCCAUGGCUGUCUUUGCUCUGCUCUUUGGAAGUGAGCUAUUUGAGGACUACAUAGGACAUCUAGCUGUAGCAUCAAUGGCUUCUUCUGAAUUAUCGGGUGAGAAUGACAAGCCUGAAAAUCUUCAUGAUAAGUUGAAGGCCGUCCAAAAGGAAAGAGAAGAAAAGCUAGCAAGAUCACUGAAAAGUUUUCUUAAUCAAUACAUUCAAGGUGACAAAGAGGGAUUCUUACAGCAUGCAGAAUCUGAAGCCAGACGGCUUUCUAAUACAGCUUUUGGAGUGGACAUAUUACACACAAUUGGCUACAUAUAUUCGAGACAAGCAGCACAAGAGCUUGGAAAGAAAGCUAUUUAUCUUGGAAUGCCAUUUUUAGCUGAGUGGGUUCGGAACAAGGGACAUUUCUGGAAGUCACAGCUAACUGCAGCAAAAGGUGCCUUUCAGCUGCUGCAACUCCAAGAAGACAUCCAGCGGCAACAUAAAAUGGAUGGAAGUGGCCCUGAAAAUGAUGUUGAUUCGCACAUACGCCUAAAUAAAGACACAUUGAUGAACUCGCUAUGGAAAUUGAAUGUAGUUGAUAUUGAAGUAACCCUAAUGCACGUGUGCCACAUGUUGGGACUAUCUAUUGCUACUGUUCAACUGAGUUGGAAUCAGGUGCUAAGGGAAAACCACGUUAGAAAGGAAGAACUUAAAGCUCGUGCUUUUGCUCUAAAACUUCUUGGAAAGAUAUUUCAGCAUGAAAAGCAUGAACAAAGUGGAGGAACAUCGAAGAAGAAAGAUGCUGCGGAUGGAGAUGAUGAUGGAAGCACUUCUGAUAGCAGUUCCGAUGAUGACUUGCCAAGACCACUUUCAUAUCGAACUCCCCUACUUACUCAGGGUUUCGGUAGACUAUUUAGAUGCCUCUGUAAUCCAGCAUUUGCUGUGGAUGAUGAAGAAAUUGUGUAUAAAAGCAAAUGACGACUUAAGGAAGGGGCUGUGAGUACAAGAAAAAUGCCAAAAGGUCUUCUUGUUGAAAGCAGAGAGAGUUCUAUUCCAAUUGAGACUGGUGCAAGCCAUGACUUUGUGUUGUGUGGUCAUACAUUUGAAUAGGAGCACAUCAACGAUGCCUUAGAUAAUCUGAUUUUAAAGUGGCUUUGUGCAUCAGAGUAGAGGUGAAUCUGUCAAUUGCAAACAUAUCGGUAUUAUUAUAGUGGGAUGCAUUCUUUAA